UCUCUCUCUCUCCCUCUCUCUCUCUCUCUCUCCACACCUCUUUUACCCUGUCCAUCCUUGCUCGUGUCCGCGCGUAUGUUUUAGCCUACAUGGUCGGUUCUGGUGGUCUGACAGGGAAAGGUUAGGAACUUUCGGGGAAACCUCUGACCCGCUUGUUUCGUCUUCACGGAGCGUAUUCUGACCCCGUUCAUUCAUCCCGUCGCUCAUCCCUCCUCUACAACCUCGUGUGUGAUUCGGGGGAGAGAGAGAAAAGACUUUUGGAGCACGUGACAAUAGCCGGAAUUCCAAUUAUUUAAUCAUUUUACCCUAUUUAUUUAUUUAUCUAAUUAUUUAUUUUAAACUCAUUUAUUUAUUUCAAGGAUCUGGACAAAUAUGAAAUUGCUGGUCGACUCCCCUUCUUCACUGCUCUUCUCGGUCCUGUUGGCUCAGCUGCCCAUAUUUACAUCGGCCUUUCCCGCCCACCCAAGGCGCCAACAUCCCGACUUUGACAAGCUGACCAAUCAGACAAGACACCUGCAGAAGUUGACUCACGACCUAAUUAAUGACCACGAGUUCGACACGGCCAUCGACCACCACAGGUUCAAGUCGCUUCCAGCCAUCAACAGCAGAGCCAAUGAUCUCAGCUCGCUGGAGCUGAAGCCCACCCUGUCCCAGCUACAUGCCGACCUUAAGUCUUUCGAGCACCACUUCGAGUGGCUGAGCAAAGCGACGCGGAAGCACCACCACUCCUCGGCACCGAAGCUCGGAGAAAUGAUCUCGCACAUCAAGAGCCUGAUCAACUCGCUGCAGCGUCAGAUGGUGCGAGUGGAAGCCCCUCGGAUCCCCAUUCCCUCUCCUUCCCUCCCUCCCCAUCCCUCCUUCCACUGGGAGAUGGACCAGUCAUCCCAGGAGCUCCUGCAGAGGUUCAGGCUCUUCUGUGACUGGGCAGCGCGAGCAUUGCUUAGCCUCAAGUCCAAGAUGCAAGCGUGAGGGCCCCUGUCAGCCCCGUAGCCAAUGACCCACUGUCUCUAUACUCCAGCCAAUGGCAUGCUCUUGAUUACACACUACAGCCAUUCCUCCGUCCCACUGCGAACCCGCCUGUGGUGUACGUGAGAUGAUCAAAUAGCGUCGGCGAGGCUGUCUGUGACACACUGCAGAAGCCGUGCAAUCGUGAGAACUCCACCUGCUUGGCAUGGUUGAACUCUAAGAACUCCACCCUCGUCAGUGUGUCAGAUCCACCUACAGCAAUGCAUACUGCAUGGCAGCCAAGGGUCGGACUCGAAUGGGCCACAUUAUUUCAUCUGAAACCUUCCUCUUCCUAUUCACUUUUUUUUUCAUUCAACCUGUUUGUUAUUUAUGUAUUUAUUUAUUUAUUGAGCAGUUAUUUAGUUAUUUAUUUGGUAUCAUUAUUUAUUUAAUUCUUGGGAAAAAAGUCAUCAUAUUUUCCCAGAUUUUUAAAGUAAAAAGGUAAAAUGUACUUCUCCUCCUCCCUCUCUCCCUACUGCGUUCCAGUCAUCCUUCCACAUAAUAUAUUCCUGGUUUAAUGAAUUGCCUUUUUGCUCAUGUCUUCUUUUCCAUCAGGAGACGUGCGUUCACAUUUGUCACAUUGGUUUCAAAGGUUUGCCACUAGAUGUAGCAAUACUGCUGGGCACGUGAGGUGUGUGUCGGUGCCCGAUGAGAGAGCUGCAAGCAGAGAGAAGUGUCACAGCACUGACCUUAGGCCUUAGGUGUUGUUUCUUCUGUCUUUUCUUCUUCUUUGCACAGGAUGUUUGUGUUUCUGAGUAAUCUAAUUGAGAAACUGUGCUUUGAGGGGAAACCUGUUCCUGAGUCACAUUAAAGAGAAAAAAAGCCAACCCAAGCCUUAAAAUACUAUGUAUUGAGAUAUUGUGAUACUUUGGUAAUGUACAGAUGUACAUGCUUCCCGAAUGUAAAUUGUUUGUAUAGCACAAAUGUGUAUUAUAUUACAUUAUUCUUUGAUAUAAGGCCCCAUGCUCUGGCAAGUCUAUCUUUAUUAAUGUGUCACAAUAUCAGCAUUAUUUUGUUUUUUCUUUCUCCUUUAAUAUUUUGAUACACUACAUAUUAUUUAUUAUGUUUUCAUGUUAUUUAGUUUUUACUGAACAGAAGCAAGUCUUCUGUCAUUUUUUUUUAAAUACUUUUAUACUACUUCUAAUCAGGCAUUAUUAUCUCUACUGAAAUUACUACAAUGUUCAACUGCAAAGUUGCCACACAUGCUGUGUCAUAUUUAAGUCAUAUGACUUUCUAAUACAAAGUUGUGCCCGAUACAAUAAAGAAAUAAAGCAAUGAA